ACCGAAUCUCACGUGUUUACCAACACGCAGAGCGUGCAGCAUACCGACCGAGCUGUUAUGAAACCAACCAUCUCGCGACCCAAACCGUGUGAGCCGUCCAUCCCUUCGUCGUGCGACCCACCCCCGAAAUAGAACGCAGCACCCCGUGCGAGUAUCGCCCCGUCAUAAAAGUAAAGGUGCGAAACGUAGUGUUUGAGUGUGGUGAGUGAUCGAUUCAGUUUUCGCGACUCCUUCGGCCAUGUCCUCCGCAUACAACCGCACCGCCGAGAGCGACGCCUGGGCGCUGCUCGCCCUCAAGUCGGCGCCCGCGAGCCCCUCCGGCGUCCAGUGGAGCCCCGACGACAAGGGCGAGGCGAUCGCGCGGAUAGAGGGCCGCGAAUUUGAGUAUCUGGUGCGACAGAACCGCGUGGUCAUCGGACGAAACAGUUCACGUGGUGAUGUAGACGUUAACAUGGGCCACUCGAGCUUCAUAUCGCGCAAACACCUGGAGGUCAAGUUCGACCACCCCUAUUUCUACAUGUUGUGCAACGGGAAAAACGGCGUGUUCGUUGACGGGGUAUUCCAGAGGAAAGGCGCCCCCUCGAUGCGGCUACCCAGAUCAUGCACCUUCAGGUUCCCGAGCACGAACAUCCGACUGUCGUUCCAGUCGCUGGUCGAGGACGGAUGCGAGGCGCCGCCCCGCGUUCGCGAGGUCUCCCCGGUACGAAUGAGGGACCGUGCGGGUGGCGGCGGCGGCGGCGGCGGCGGACCAAAUUCGUUGGCGCCGCUUCGCAUCAACAUCCCCGACGCCGCCGACGUAUACGGGUCACCGUUCCCCUCUCCCACCGGCACGAUCAGCGCAGCCAACAGCUGUCCGGCUAGUCCCAGAGGAGGUCACCAUGGUGGUAAUCAUUCGAAAAGGAGCGUGUCGGCGGAAUUGCAGAUGGUGGCACAGUACGCUGCCCAGGUGGCCCACAGGGACGACAGUCAUCACAUACAGUCGAGUCAUAGUCCCGACUACAGGCAACCAACGUCGAACGGAAACUCGAUCCCCCCAGUGGUGAUAAAUGAAAGUUACGUCGCGAGCAGCAGCAAUAAGGACGAGAGCAAACCGCCGUUUUCGUACGCGCAGCUGAUCGUACAAGCGAUAGCCAGCGCUCAGGAUAAACAGCUCACGUUGUCCGGCAUCUACAGCUAUAUCACCAAGCACUAUCCAUACUACCGGACGGCGGACAAAGGCUGGCAGAAUUCGAUCCGGCACAAUCUCAGCCUUAACCGUUAUUUCAUAAAGGUUCCUAGGAGUCAGGAGGAGCCCGGCAAGGGUUCGUUUUGGCGGAUAGAUCCCCAAUCCGAGUCGAAGCUUAUCGAACAGGCGUUCAGACGGAGACGACAGCGUGGCGUGUCCUGUUUCCGCGCCCCAUUCGGUUUAAGUUCCAGGAGUGCUCCUGCGUCUCCGUCACAUGUGAGCAUGUCGGACCUGAUGGCGUCCGAGUGUCUCUCGAGAGAGGGUUCGCCGAUCCAGGAGCACAUGUUGGAAGUAUCGCAGAGCGCGCCCGGUAGUCCGGGUGGCGCCAACGGCUCCGGCAGCAGUCAUCAGCAGGCGGGGGCAUCGUAUGCCGGUUCGGGCGGCAUGAUCGGUCAUCAGCAGAUGACCGCACUCGUCGGCGCCAACAGUGCCAGAUUGUUGUUGCAUCAAUCCAUGGAUGCGAUCCAAGAGCAAAUUUUAGCCAAUGGCCAGGAUUAUAGGGAAGAAAAGUAUCAUGUAAAUUCUAACAUAGAAGAGAGAUCGAUGUCUCCAACCUUCUCACCUCAACCUGUCAUUGUACAACCUACAAACUAUUCACCUUACAGUGGAGGUAGCGGUUAUAACGUGGGUUUGGAUUUAAAGCGGCACAUGGAGGACCAAAGUGCUGGCAGUCCAUCGAGCACCGACAACCUCGAAGAACCAGAGAUGAAGAGAUCAAGACAAGACCAACCGAAAUACGAGACGGAAUAAUCGCUGUUUGAUGCUGAAUGGUUUAUCAAGUUUUAUCCUAAAUCUUGUCCUAUAUAAAUACAAACACUUUUUUAAUACGUAUAAAAUUUAAUUUCUUUUUUGGCUGAUUGUAGAGCACAUGAACUUGAUUUUUGGUUUGGCCUGAUCUGAUUUUGGAUAUGAUGGAGAAAUGAUCUCAAUCCCGUUGACAAAAACGUAGAGGUAGUUUUUUUCUAUAUAAACAGUUGAAUUACAAAAAUCGUUAAUGAAUUUUAAUCUAUGCAAAUGAAACUCAUAUUCUUUUAAAAAAUACAUGAAUAGAUGCGAUGAGAAAACGCAUUUCUGUUUCCGAUUAAUCGAUAUAUUGUGUUAGCCAUUUAAUUAAGCACUUGUACUGCGUGUGAAAGUUGGUAGUUAUAUUCAUUUAUUAAAAUUAAAAUUGCCGGAUCAUCAUUGUGUUUGUCAUCAUGGAAGGUAUGUUUUAUUUUUUGACAAAAAUGCAAGUUUGAGUGAUAAUUAUAAUUUACCGGGUUAUUUGUGAAUGUUCCUCAUCAUUUUUUUUUUUUUGUAAAUAUACUUUAAAAUUUUUACCAUUAUUUAUGUUUAGUUAAAUUUUUAUGUAUACAUUUGCAACCCUCUUGUGAUUUUUGAGAAGAAUUUUAUUUCGGUCUCGCAUUGAUUUGUAACGGGCGGUGACAUGUGCAAUUGAAAAAAGUAUUAUUUGUUAUUAUUGUUGCAUUGUAAAAAAUUGUUGAAAUUUAUAUUUAUUAAGCCGGCGUGUUGUCCGUCCGCAACAAUUCAAUUACGAACCGCAUGAAUGCUAAAUUGUUAUUAUAAAGAGCGUUCAUGCAGAUCCAUUAUGUUUCUACAAAGUUGGAUCAAAAAUGACUUGAAUGAAAUUCUAUACCGUGUUUAUAAAACUUGAUAACAUCAUUUCACCAAGGAUUAUAUGAUAUGAAUAAAAACAAAAUGGGAUAUUAAAAAGAGACACAUUUAUAACAAACUGGAAUUUAUUUUUUAUUAAUCCCAAUGCUGCCGUCUUCAAUGAAUCUUUUCCCACGACUCCGCAAAGAAGGCAUUUCAGGCGGACCGUCGUCAACUGUAGCUGGUACUAUUUUUGAUGACGUUCGCGCACUUUUGAUGAUUUUUUCGACUAUUUAAUAGUCCCUUUUAUUAUUUGUUAGAUAUACAUGUAUACAAAAUUAUGAAUGUAGGUAUUUAAAUAAAGUACUAUUGCUGUGAA